AUGCUUGGGAAGGCACACAUGUUAAUCUUGAGGAGACUGUUUACGUCAGUCUCCACCAGUUCCCUGAGACAGGGCACGAUAUUUAUACACCAAGGCAAAUACUGCGAAGUUGUAAGCUUCCGCCAGGUCAAACAGGGCAGAGGCUCAAGUUCCAUCCAGGUUGAGUAUCUUGAUUUAUCGAACAGGAAAAUGUUCACUCAAAACUACGCAGUAGGAUCCAAAGUUGAAAAGGUGGAUUUGGACAAGAAAAGUGGACUUGUACAAUAUGUCGACGAGGAAUCCAAGAAUUUGGUGGUGUCAGACCACAAUUUUGAGGAUAAGGUGGUCGAUUUGGCACUCGUAGGGCCGGGUUACGAACAUUUAACAGCUGGCGAUGAAAUCCAACUCUUUUACCACGAGGAAAACGUGGUCAAAGUGGGAUUGCCGAACCAUAUCUUAUCGAAACUGAAGAACAAAUAA